AUGCUCAAUGUCGACGACCUCGAAGCCAAAAACGCCGACUUGUCUGCGUGGCAGCCACCCCACGGCUCCGGGCUGUCCAACUUCAAGCCAUGGUUAUGGCUGUAUACAUGGACCAGGACGAGACGUCGGCCCAAGAGCCAGCAUCAGCUUCAAACCGCCUACCUUGACGGCUUGCGAGGCUUUGCCGCUCUCAUCGUGUAUUGGCACCACCACGUGCUGUGGGCUCACAAGGAAGAGACCGAGAUAUUCGAGAACGGAUUUGGCUACAAUAACCAGUACUACUUUGCAGCUCUGCCCGGCAUCCGGCUGUUCUUUUCUGGGGGGCACUUGGCUGUGUCUAUAUUCUUUGUCCUAUCCGGGUACGUCCUGGCUAUAAAGCCUUUGCGACUUAUCGAAAAGAAUGAUGCCUCUGCCUUGGCGGAACACCUUGGGUCGGCAAUAUUCAGGCGCUGGCUACGCCUGUUUCUUCCCGUUGCGGCCGUCACCUUGGUAUACACAGCCUCGUGGCAUUUCUUCGGCCUCUGGGUGGACGGUGCAAAGCCCCAUGAUGGCUGGUUGCACGAGAUAUGGGGCUUCUACUGCGAGUUCAAAAACUUCAGCUUCCCCUUCAAGGACGGCGGUGUGCCCUGGCUAUCCUAUAAUGUACACCUCUGGUCAAUCCCAGUUGAAUUCAAGGGAUCCAUGGUUGUCUUUGCAUCCCUUUUAGCCAUUUCACGAUGCUCUCUCAAUGCCCGCCUCUGGUGCCAGGUCUCCCUCAUCGUCUACUUUAUGUACAUUGCUGAUGGGUGGUAUUGCGCAAUGUUCGUUGCAGGCAUGCUGCUAAGCCAUCUAGAUCUGCUCGCCGAGGUAGACAAGGACGGCCUCCCGUGCUUUCUUACUCGAUUGGCCCCCUAUAGGAAGAUUAUCUGCCACCAUUUCCUCGCACUGGGCAUAUAUCUAGGUGGCGUCCCCAGCGCAAACCGCGAUUUGAAUCAGCUUGCCCAUACUCGCGGCUGGUACCUCCUUUCAUAUCUGAAGCCGCAAGCUGUCUUUGAUUACAAGUGGUUCUAUCUGUUCUGGGCCGCAGUUCUACUAAUCACUUCGGUUUCAAACAUUGGCUGGCUGAAGCGAUUUUUCGAAACCAAUGCCUGUCAGUACCUGGGGCGCGUGUCCUACGCGCUCUACUUGGUUCAUGGACCGGUGUUAUGGAUCUUUGGGGAUCGUCUAUAUACCGCCGUCGGCUUCAAAGGCCAGAGCCAAAUCGAACAUAUCCCUCAAUGGGUGGAUAGAUUUGAGUUGCCACAGACAGGGCCAUUUGGCCUUGAAUUUGCAUUCCUCUUGCCACACGUCGUCUUACUGCCGUUGACCUUGUGUAUGGCAGACUUUGUGACGCGGGUGGUUGAUAGGCCAAGCGUCCAAUUUGCAGCCUGGAUUUAUAGGAAGACACUGCCUGCCCAGGGCGUUGCAGGAAAGCACGCAAAUGCCUAG